AUGGCUCCCGGUGGUGGUCCAGGAGACACUUCAGAUGAUGCUGCUCCGUCUGGGGUAGAUCCGGAAGAUGCUUGGAUUUCGGCUAUUGUUGAUUGCUUUGUUCCGGCCGAUGAAUCUUCUGCUCAUAUGGAAACUGGUAUGGGAGGUGUAGAAGGUGGUGCGCAGACAGAACCAAGCACUAUCCCCGAAACAUCUCGACUGGACCCAAAGUUUGUGGUUGAAAAUGCAAGGCGGGAGAGGGAAAAGAUGGAAGCGAACGAGGGAAGCAGACGAGCUGAGAAGAGAGUUAGGGGAAUUGCUGGGAAACGGGUCCUGGCCGAACAUUGCGACAAGUACUCUCGGGGUAUCCAAAGCUUCAUCAAAUUCUUUCUGGGCAAUCCAAAACGACCUCAAGAUUAUCCAUCGGCUCCAACACCUGACGAACUCAAGGCACUUUACUGGGUGGAAAGAAGGGCUGAGUCAAUCAAGCAAAAUCUCAGUCGAUUACGUGAGAAGCUCCAGGGAAAGGCGCCUGCGGAGGUAGAAUUUUGUGUCUCUCAGGCUGAAAAAGAAAUCAGGAAGAACAUCAAGAUGCCUCCGUUCACUCCUGUUGUUCAAAUUGGUCCUCACAAGGGACAACCAGUCAGUGCUCAGACAAAGGGGGAUGUUGAGAGAUCACUCGCAUUGGCGGGAAUCUCACGGCUCACUUUUGACUGGGAUGUUAGUCAUAUCUCUGAAUCGCCGUGGAAUUCUGCUGUUGUUGAGGUCCUGGGAAGCCGGGCCGUCGAAUGGCUCCGCCGAUCCACACCAAUCACUGACGAACAGGCUUGCCAAGCAUCGGCAAUAAUACUACGAUGGGUCCACACAAAAAGCGGGGAAAUUCGAGAUGCCACAAACAUGGGCAGCGAAGCUUACGAUCAAAUGAAGAAGGGGCGAACUACCAAGGCACAGUACGAAAGAUGGAGAAAGAAGAUAAGGGAAAACAGGUGCGCAAUGGCGGGAAAAGUCUUGAGAGGAAAUAUCAAUCUGGCGCACAUCUGCGAAGACAAGGACUGCGGUUCCGAUGUUGAAGAUGGCCCAAACGAUUCGUUGCCCGUCACGUUGAGCCCAAAUUGGCGUAGCGGUUCUCUAACUUCGAUCUUGCACUGUUUUGAUAAAAUGGUGCAGGCCCAGGCAACUCAUCACCAAACAAUCAAAAACAACUUGUUGGUCUACGGUCGCUCUCAAAGACUCUUCAAGACUUUUACCGGGAUUAGGGGGGUCCCCAGGGGUUUGCCUCGCGAUUGCUAUGAAGAUGCGUGGUGGGCGAAAUUGAGUCCUUAUGAGCAGCAAACCAUCUCUCAAGCGUCCACGAUAGGUCUAGGUGACAUUGCUAAGAACCUCGAAAAGCACUGUCUUGGAACAACCAUAACAACUGGCACAAAUGCUCCAACUGUUUAG